AUGUCGCUCUCCCCGGAUUCCCGUGAUAAUUAUGUCCCCAUCAUCGACUCAAUUCUGGCCAAGAGUGAUCUGACGACGAUCUCGGAGAAGCGCAUUCGCAAAGGCCUGCAGGAUGUGGUCGGUUAUGAUCUUACUCCGCAGAAGGCUGCGAUUAAGCAGCUGAUCAUGGAGAGGUUUGAUAUCUUUGCGGAAAAAGGUGGCAUUGGCGAGUCCCCCCAGCCCGAAUCGAAUCCCGUGUCCACCAACGGUCACGGGAAGGACAAGGACUCUGUGACGCCGGUGGAGCCGUCCUCCCCCGCGCAGUCGUCGAUGUCGCAGAAACGACAGGCGGAGAGCGAAGAGCGCGCGGACCUCUCGGGCAAGACUCCGCCGGCCAAGAAGAAGAAGUCAGACCAUGAUGUGGAUGCGGAUGCCGUGUUCGCGGCGAAACUGCAGGCGGAAGAGAACCUGCGCGCCCGCCCGACCCGCGGGGGCAACACGCGCCGGGCUCAGCCGGUCAAAAAGAAAACCAAGGCCAAGACGGCUAAGAAGGUCAAGGCAGAGGAUGAUUCGGACUUGGAGUCGGGCUCGGAUGCGGGGAAGAAGGUCAAUCGGUCGACUGGAUUCCACCUGUCGCGCCCCCAGACGGUAAAGAAGAUCUGGGCAUAUAUCCACGAGCACGAACUGCAGGACCCGAGCGACCGACGGCAGAUCCGCUGCGACGAGCCCAUGCGUGCUGUCUUCAAGCAAGACCGGAUCCACAUGUUUACAAUGACCAAGAUUCUCAGCCAAAACUUAUAUAGCAGACAACUUUCGUUUGACUCCCUCCCUCCCUUGGGCCUUUGCCCCUCUUCCCCCUCCCGAACUCCGCUUCCGUUGCCCCUCAUGUCUGAAUCUCAGCCGUCCCGAGCUCCCCCGCAAGGCCCGAGCCGCGGGGGUCGUCGACGGGGUCGAGGGUAUGGUGUUGCUGGCGGCGGCGGCGGUGGUGGUCGCUCCGACCAGAGCGAAACGCCAGCGCAGUCGACAGAGAGCUCCAGUCGGGGCUCGAAAUCCAGGGGCGCUCCGUCCCGCAGAGGCCGCGGCGAUAAGCAGGACCGCGGCGGGAAGAAGCCCGAGUCCACGACCGCUACGCCAACGCCCACGGGCGCACUGUCCAAGGCGAAACAGGCUACGGCCCCUGCGACGGAUGAUGACGCCGACGAUGGCGAGGUGUGCUUCAUCUGUGCCUCCACCGUCGAGCAUACCUCCGUCUCGCCGUGCAAUCACCGCACUUGUCAUAUCUGUGCGCUCCGCCUCCGGGCCCUGUACAAGAAUAAAGCUUGUGCCCACUGUCGAACGGAGUCGGCCUACGUGAUCUUUACGGACGACCAUACGAAGCGGUUUGAGGACUUUACAAGCGCGGACUUUUCGCAGAAGGACGAGAAUCUCGGGAUCCAGUAUGCGAAUGAUGAUAUCUUUGAGGAUACUGUUCUGCUGCUGCGGUAUAACUGCCCCGACGACAAUUGCGACGUGGCCUGCUUGGGGUGGCCCGACCUGCAUCGUCAUGUCAAGAACAAGCACGGCAAGGUCAUGUGUGACUUGUGUACGAGGAACAAGAAGGUCUUCACCCACGAGCAUGCGCUGUUUACCAUGGCGGAGUUGCGCAAACACGAGAAACACGGAGAUGACGUUCCCGGAUCCGUCGAUCAAAGUGGCUUUAAGGGCCACCCUGAGUGUGGGUUCUGUCGCCAGCGGUUCUACGGCGAUGACGAGCUGUAUACCCACUGCCGCGACCGCCAUGAACGGUGCUAUAUCUGCGACCGACGGUCCUCGACUCGCCAGCAGCAAUACUACAUUGACUACAAUGCGCUGGAGGACCAUUUCCAGAAAGAUCACUUCCUGUGCCUCGACCAAGAGUGUCUGGAAAAGAAGUUUGUCGUCUUCGAGUCGCAAAUGGACCUCAAGGGGCACCAAUUGGAAUGCCACCCCAACGGGAUGUCCAAGGAUGUCAGACGGGAUGCGCGAAUUGUGGACCUGUCUGCCUUUGACAUCAGAACGCCAUAUCAACCACAGCAGCGACAACGCCGUGGUGCCGGCCGGGGACGCGACCCCAACUCGGAGCCUCUCCCCCCAUCCAGCGCGCAACCGCUGCGGCGCGACGAGGUCGCCUAUCAGCGCCAGGUGGCCAUCCAGAGUUCGCAGUCCGUGACAGGCCGAAGCUUUGGCGGCCAGCUGUCUCGCAACGAAACCCAGACCGUCCGCGCGCCCCCGCGGUCCGGGGCCGCCACCCCAGCCGCGCCGACGCCAGUGGCCGAAUUGAGAUCCCUCAAUCUCGGCGCAGCAGACUCAGGGCCCGUCUCGCCACAAGAGCAAGCCCGUCGUCUGCGUCACGCAGCCGUGGUGGAACGCGCCGCCAACCUGCUAGGCAACGACGCGGGCAAACUUGACGAAUUCCGCACCCGCGUCUCUCACUUCCGGACGUCCCAGAUCACCGCGACCGAACUCAUCGACGCCUUCUUCUCCCUCUUCGACACCUCCAGCACCGAACUGGGCAAGCUCAUCAAGGAGCUCGCCGAGAUUUACGAGGACGAAACCAAGCGCACCGCCCUCCUCCAGUCCUGGAACGACUGGCGCGCCAUCAACGAAGACUACCCGGCCCUCCCCGGCGCAGGCGGCAUGAUCCCGGGCAUGUCCCCAGGCACCGUCAACGGCACCGGCCUCGGCGGCAAGCGCGUCCUCCGCCUGAAGUCCUCCACCGCCCAGUCCUCCCGCUCAGCCGUCGGCAGAAGCGGUGCCCUCCCAGGUUCAUCCUCUGCCACCGCCGCCGCCGCAGCCAGCAACCCAUUCCCGCCGCUCUCCGCCGCAACCGCCCGCUCCGCCAAAGCCAACGCCGCCGGCGCAACCUGGGGAGCGUCUGCCUCCUCCGCAGGCCCAUCCCCCUCCCUCAGAGGCUCCUCCCCCUCCCUCCCAACCCCCUCCUCCUCCUACUCCAGACCCAAACCCACGCCGUCCCGCCCCGUAAACCCCACCAGCAGCGAAGCCUUCCCGUCCCUCCCCGCCGCCCCGAAACCCAACGUCCUCAUGGCGGGUCUCACCCGCGGCACCGUCCGCUGGGACAACCAGCGCCCUGCGCCGUCCAACCCGUGGGCUGGAUCCUCCCAGGCGGAGCUGAACCCGGACGACGAGUUCCCUGAGUUACCUGGUGGUGGGGGGAAGAAAGGGAAGGGGAAGAAGGGGAAGCAGACGCUUAUUCAUUGGGGUUGAUAUCACCUUGUAUUGGGGAUCCUAGUCUGGGGAUUCUAGUAUUGGGGAUCCUAGUAUUGGGUAGAUUUUAUGAGUACAUAUACUUGUUUUUGAUGUUUGAUGUUUGAGGUGCACUGGGAGUGAGACAAGCGUUAUGCGUGUGAUUCAUCUCUUUUUUUCUUUCGCUCUGCUUUUCUUUCAUUUUUCUACUAAAAAGCUUGUGUUUAGCGGGUCAUAAUACAACUAACCUAACUAGAGCUAGGUGACUUGGUCAUUGUGGAUGGUUUUGACUGUAGAUGUGAUGUGAUGUGAGUGAGCAUUGGACAAAGUGGUGGUGAAAAGUUAUAUAAUGUAUUACUAC